AUGGAAAAUGAAAUGGAUGAGAAACAACUAAGCUUCAGCUCAUGCUACAUCACUGGUUGGGGCAGCUCAGUGUUAGAAGGAAUGUUAUUUAUCACUCUUCAGGAAGCUGAAGUUAAUCUUAUUGAUACUAGAAUCUGCAACCAGAGAAGCUGGUAUAAUGGCCAUGUUAAUGACAACAUGAUCUGCGCAGGAUUUGACAAAGGAGGAGUCGACACAUGUCAGGGUGACAGCGGAGGGCCUCUACAGUGUUACAGCGAAGACAUGCAGAGAUUUUACCUUUAUGGUGUGACAAGUCAUGGAGAGGACUGUGCAUUGCCAAACAAACCUGGCAUAUAUACUCGUGCUAGCCGGUACACCGUCUGGCUGAGAAAAGCUGAAGCAAGAUCUGUAUCUGCUGCCUCAGUCACAGAUCUGACAGUUUUUAAAUUAAUCUCAGCCCUGUUUUUCUCUUGGAUGGGCCUGCUAAUGUGAGCCGACCCCAUCAGACAUCACAACAGCUCUCUGUGCUGCU